AUGCAAUCUGUUGACCAGAUAAACCAUAGACAUGAGCAUAACAGUAACAACGGUCAUUCCAUAACUCCUUAUCCAAGUAUACUACAUAAUCAUCAUGAAAAUAUUAGUCAAACCACUAUAUCCAAUUCCAAUGAUGCAACCACUACUACUACCAGCACUGUACACAGAGUAGAGGCAUCGAAUUCAACAUCCACGUCGGCAAUAUCUGCACCAGCAGCAGAAACUACAUCCACAAGUGUUUCCACUGGUUACGCUUCAACUCCAUCAUUUCCACCUACAGUUUCACCAUCAUCACUCAAUAUCCAUCGCAGACAUAGGCUUAGUGUAUCGCAUGAAGAUUUAGACUUGCAAUCAGCUGAUCCUGGUACCAUUAGAAUCGACUGCAGUGGUGCCUUCAUUGCUAAUGAUGAUUUAUUACGAAGCUCAAUAACGGUUGAAGAUGACAAUGCUACAUCAUCAUCCCCUUCAUCUUCAAAUACACUGACACCGCCAUCAUCAAGCACAUCUUCAGACUUGGAUGAUGAUGAAUUGGCAGAUGGUAUCUUGGUAAAUGGAGAGCAUCGUCUUCGCAAUGGAGUCAUUACCAAAAACAAUAUCAAUUUACCACAACAUAAUGAUGAAAUUAUACACAUAUCGGUUGAUAUUGGUGGUACAUUGACCAAAUUGGUAUAUUUCAGCACAUCGACAUCCUCGAGAAACAACAAUAGCAACAAUACUGGUGGUAAAUUACAUUUUAGGGAUUUCCAAACUGAAAACUUCAAAACUGAAGCACUAAGAUUUAUGAUCCAUUUGAUUUCAAAAUCAAUAUCACAACACAAUUCACAACCUCCCAUCACAUAUAUCAUGGCCACUGGUGGUGGUGCUCAUAAAUUUUACAAUUUAAUGACAAAAACGUUUAGAAAACGUAAAUUACCCAUGCAGAUUAUAGCCAAAGAUGAAAUGGCUUGUUUAAUUAAAGGAUUGGACUGGCUCAUUACCAAGAUUCCUCAGGAAAUUUUCACUUAUGAUUUAAAUGAUCAAUGCACUAGAUUUCAACCACUACAAUCAGAACUGGAAAUAUACCCCUAUUUAUUAGUCAAUAUAGGAUCAGGUGUAUCUAUGAUCAAGGUGACAAAAGCUGGUCCCGACGGAUUUGAGAGAAUCGGCGGUAGCUCGUUAGGAGGUGGUACUUUGUGGGGACUUCUUUCCCUCUUAACUGAUGCUAAAGAUUACAACGAAAUGUUGGAAAUGGCCCAGAGGGGAGAUAAUGAGAAUAUCGAUUUAUUAGUUGGAGACAUUUAUGGCCUGAAUUAUAACAAGAUUGGCUUGAAAGCGAACCACAUUGCUUCAUCAUUUGCCAAAGUUUUCAAAAAAUUGCGAUUCAAUAAUAAACCAAUGACCACGGCAGAAAAAUUGUCACAAUUUAAACAAGAAGAUAUCGCGCGAAGCUUGUUGUUUAGUGUCAGUAACAAUAUUGGACAAAUUGCCUAUUUACAUGCUUUAAGGUUCAAUUUGAAGAGAAUAUAUUUUGGUGGACUGUAUAUUCUGGGUCACAUGCAAACUAUUCAUACAUUGAGUUAUGCUGUUAAUUUCUGGUCAAAGGGAGAUAUGCAGAGUUAUUUUUUGAGACAUGAGGGGUAUUUGGGUAGUGUUGGUGCGUUUAUGAUGGGCCCCGCUCCUGAAGAGAAUGGAAAGGCGAAACCAAUUGCUACAAAGUUCAAUGGAGUGAAUGCAAUUGGCAGUGGAGAAAAGGAUUAA